UUAACGAGUAAUAAACCCAAAAUUGAAGAUUAAUGUUUACGUAAUACAGAAAAAUGUCAUGAAAGAGCGAAACACGCAAUGUAGCUUCCUACUUUCUUUAAUCCUCUGCGCUUGGUUUAAUGUCGGCCUGCCCCUCUCUCUGUUUCUCUCUCUACAAACACCGACCCUACACUCACACGCACACGAAUACAUACGUAUACCCAAUAUACAUUACACAGAUUUACAGCAGCAAUUUUAUACUAAUAUUAUUACAACUAUACGAUGACGGAAUGAUAAUUUAAUCGAGUCUCUUACACUAACUAGUAAGUAGGCCUCUGCUAUAAAGAAGCCGGCUUUUUAUUGGCUGCGGGUUUUCCGGCGAGUCCCAAGAUUCCUUCCCCCUUCUCGCACCGCCUUGAUCCCGGCUGCUCCGCCGCUCCCACCCACGUGGGCGACACCUUUCCAUUUUCAGUAAGUUUCUUUCCAGUCCAAGAAAAUUCCCCGGAAGUGUACGGCCACCUGCGGGAGCUUCAUGGGCCAGCUCAUUUCUGGCUGCGAGCUCGAUUUAAGAGUGGAUUCUUGGCGCAGAAGCGUGUUUUCGGACCUCAGUCUCUCAGCUGGGUUAUAUUCUUGAAACCCAGAAAAUAAAGAGGGUAUCUUUUUGUUGAAUGUGAAAGGAAGAUGAAGUGGAGGCGGAAUGCAAGCUGUGGGAAUUUUGUUGAAUCUGGGAGAUUUUUGAGUAUGCAUUGAGGCGGUUGUUUUUGUGUUGUUUGAGACGCAUUCUUUUGCUCAAAAGAAGAAAGUAUUCUUUUUGGGUGGAUAUAAUAACGCUAAGCUUUGGUUUAUGACGGAGAGUGUAUACUUGAAUUUCUGCGGCAAUGAAGGUUCCAUCUAAUGGAUUUUUGGCAAAUUCAGCUGAAGGCGAAAAAAAGGUUAUCAACUCUGAGUUAUGGCAUGCUUGCGCUGGGCCUUUGGUUUCUUUGCCACCCGUGGGGAGCCUUGUCGUCUACUUUCCUCAAGGUCACAGUGAACAAGUGGCAGCAUCGAUGCAGAAAGAGGCUGACGGUAUCCCAAGCUAUCCCAAUCUUCCUUCGAAGUUGAUCUGCAUGCUCCACAAUGUCACCUUACAUGCUGAUGCUGAAACUGACGAGGUCUACGCGCAAAUGACUCUUCUACCGGUCACUAAGUAUGACCAGGAAGCGUUGCUCGUGUCUGAUAUUGGCCUUAAGCAUAACAGGCAACCUACUGAAUUUUUCUGUAAAACUCUCACGGCAAGUGACACGAGCACUCAUGGAGGCUUUUCAGUUCCUCGUCGAGCAGCUGAGAAGAUCUUCCCAUCUCUGGAUUUCUCGAUGCAACCUCCUGCUCAGGAGCUAACGGCUAAAGACUUGCAUGACCAAACAUGGACAUUCAGACAUAUUUAUAGAGGGCAACCGAAAAGACACCUACUGACAACAGGUUGGAGUGUAUUUGUGAGUUCUAAAAGACUUAUAGCUGGUGACGCUGUGCUUUUCAUAAGGGAUGAAAAGUCGCAGCUUCUCCUUGGUAUACGACGAGCAAAUAGGCAGCAGCCUGCCCUAUCCUCGUCUGUUAUAUCAAGCGACAGUAUGCAUAUCGGAAUUCUUGCUGCUGCAGCUCACGCUGCUGCAAACAACAGCCCGUUUACCAUAUUCUAUAAUCCAAGGGCUAGCCCUUCGGAGUUUGUGAUUCCGCUUGCCAAGUAUAACAAAGCAAUGUACACACAAGUUUCGUUGGGCAUGCGGUUCAGGAUGAUGUUUGAGACCGAGGAGUCGGGAGUGAGGAGGUACAUGGGCACUGUAACCGGUAUAAGCGAUUUGGAUCCUAUUCGAUGGAAAAACUCACAAUGGCGUAAUCUCCAGGUCGGAUGGGACGAAUCAACGGCUGGGGAACGUCCUAGCAGAGUCUCGAUUUGGGAUAUCGAGCCUGUCGUGACUCCCUUUUACAUAUGCCCUCCUCCAUUUUUCAGACCAAAGCUACCCAGGCAUCCAGGUUUCCCAGAUGAUUCUGAUGUAGAGAAUAUGUUCAAACGAGGCAUGCCGUGGCUAGCAGACGACUUUGGGUUGAAAGAUGCUUCGAGCUCGAUAUUUCCUGGUCUGAGCCUCGUGCAGUGGAUGAAUAUGCAACAGAAUAAUCAGCUGUCGGCUAAUCAAUCGGGGUUGUAUCCUAACAUGGUCUCGUCCACUGCUCUACAGAGCAAUCUCGGCAGUGAUGAUCCAUCGAAACUGUUGAACUUCCAAUCCCCCGGUGUAGCCGCACAGAAUCUUCAAAUGAGCAAAGGAAAUCAUCAAAACCAGCAAGCUAACCAGCUGCUGCAAUCGAAUGUUCCGUGGUCUCAACAGCAGCAGCAGCACCUGCAGCAGAUGUUGCAGUCUCCAACGCCUGCUCAACAGCCGCAACAGCAGCAGCAGCAGCGACAGAUGCAGCAAACGCAAUCCCAGAUGCUUCAGCAGACACAACAACAGCAAUUACUGCAGCAACCCCUUCAGCAUCAACAUCAGCAGCAGCAGUCGAUGCUGCUGCCUCCUGUAACGAGCGGCAUGUCUUCUGAGCAGGCCGUGAGCAGGAAUCUGCAGCAGACAGCCGUAUCAUACUCGAAACUGCAGCAGCAGCAACAGAUACUGACAGGAAAUGCACCAGUGCAGCAGCACGAUGUCUCGUCUAACAGAACAUCGUUUCCUGUGACGUCUCUAACUCAGGACCUGCCUUUCCAGCCGCACGUCGAACAGCCUUCUACUCUGCUGCAGAGAUCUCAAGAGCAGCAGCAGCAGCAGCAGAUGCAGUUUCAACAAGGCGGGUUGCAGCAGAACUUAUCCCAAAGGCCCAUAGUGCAACAGACGUCGCAACAGAAUCUUUCCGAACAACAGCUGCAGCUGCAGUUUCUCCAGAAACUGCACCAGCAACAAAUGUCUGCCCCGUUAAAUCCGAUGAUGGAGCCGCAUCUGCCUCAGAAACAGCAAGUUCAACAAAUCCAGCAGACACAACAUCUCUCUGCUCCUAUGCAGCAAACGAAUGGGAACUGCUUUUCUGCAUCUACUCUUUUGCAGUCUCCACAGUUUCCCACGAACCAAUUUCAUAGCCAGCAAAAAACUCCACCUUUAGCCAGACAACAAUCUAGCCAUACUGAUGGCGAUGCUCCAUCGUGUUCAACAUCGCCUUCCAAGAACAAUGUAAAUGGCCUGCAACCGAGCUUCAUGAAGAACCAAACAGGGACACCUGGGAUGCUAGAUAAUACAAUUGUUCAUCCUUCUAACUUGGUACAGGAGAGUCAUAACAAACUAGAUGCUCGAAUAAAGCAUGAAUUAGCCAACUCCAAGGUUCCGGAGCAGCCCAAGUUCAAGAUAAAUGCUGCUGAUCACAUGGAUGCCACGUCGUCUGCUACCUCGUAUUGCCUGGAUGCCGGUGGUCUCCAACAGAGUUUCCCAUUAACGGGCUUGGAUGGCGAUGUUCAGUCACAUACUAGGAACGGCCUCCCUUUCACGGCUACUAUUGAUGGAUUGGCGCCCGAUGCUUUGUUGUCUAGGGGUUUCGAUUCUGGAAAAGACAUCCAGAACUUACUCUCUAAUUACAGUGGGACACCGAGGGAUAUUGAGACGGAUUUGUCCUCCGGGAUCAAUUCUCAGUCAUUUGGAGUGCCAAAUAUGUCUUUCAAACCAGGCUCUUCGAAUGAUGCUGCUCUAAACGAGACGGGGGUUAUGAACGGUGGGUUGUGGCCCAACCAGACUCAACGUAUGCGAACAUAUACAAAGGUUCAAAAGCGUGGGUCGGUGGGGAGAACCAUAGAUGUGAAUCGUUACAAAGGGUACGAUGAGCUGAGGAAUGAUCUUGCUCGCAUGUUUGGCAUUGAGGGUCUUCUGGAGGACCCUCAGCGCACCGAGUGGAAGCUUGUGUACGUAGACCACGAAAACGACAUACUACUUGUGGGAGAUGAUCCUUGGGAGGAGUUUGUGAGCUGUGUGCAGAGCAUAAAGAUACUGUCAGCCGCUGAGGUACAGCAGAUGAGCUUGGACGGAGAUCUAGCUCAGCUGCCUGUGGCGAACCAAGCGUGUAGCGGAACGGACAGUGGUAACGCGUGGAGGGUGCACUACGACGAUAAUUCAGCCACUUCGUUCAACCGGUAAAUGUAAUGCUCUCACCGAUUGACUUCAUCUGACUGCGACAAAGAGAAGCUUGAGUUGUAAAUGAUGAGCCCUUUUGGCCGAUGAGGGGCUGAUUGGUGUAAUUAAUUUGAGGUGUUUAGGAUUAGGUAGAAGAUUUGAGACAUAUAGGUUGAUGAUGUGUUGUUGGUGGAAGACAAAAUUUCUUCCCAUUAACGUUGUAUAGCUUCAUGGGCUGAGACCAAUUGAGGACUCUACUUGUCUCCCUCGCGCAUUAGAUUACCACGCUUUUAUACACUCAUUAAGUAUUUUCUUGCUUCUGCCUUCA